AUGUCAAAAUCACGCAGAUACCAACCAAAUUUAUUAAUAACUGGUACACCAGGUUGCGGGAAGUCUACAACCUGUGAGCUUUUACAACGUAGGCUUCCUGAGUACAAGUACUAUAAUAUAUCCGAUUUUGCAAAAGAACAUGACUGUUACGAUGGUUACGAUAAGGGCAGAAAAUCGCAUAUUGUCGAUGAGGAUAAACUUCUGGAUGAGCUGGAACCAUUAUUGCGCCAGGGAAAGAGCAUAAUCGACUGGCAUGUUAACGAUGUAUUCCCCGAAAGGUUGAUUGACUUGGUCGCUGUAUUAAGAUGUGACAAUUCUGUCUUAUAUGAUAGACUACAUGGAAGAAAAUAUCAUGAUACCAAGAUUGAAGAAAAUAUGGAUGCAGAAAUCAUGGGUGUUGUGCUUCAGGAUGCAUUAGAGUCAUACGCUAAAGAGAUUGUCGUGGAGCUACAAAGUGAUACAACUGAACAGAUGGAUGCAAACGUUGAUCGUAUUGUUGAUUGGCAGAAGAUGUGGCUAGAGCAGCAUGAGGAUGGGGUAACAAAUGAACUAGAAGACAAGCAACGCAAUUCUGACGAAAGUGGAAGUGAAAGCAAUGAUAAUGAAGAUGAUCCAGAAGAUGCAAAUUCCCCUGAUGAUGAAUUUAGCGAAUCAGAGUCAGAGUCUCAAGAAUAG